CGCGCGACUAAAUAACUCUUUACACCUCGUCAGGCUGAAGUAUUUGUCCGCUACGAGCUCCGAGGGGUAGCCCCGGCUGCACGGUGCUAUGCGAGCGGUUCGUGGGCAGGAGACACCGCGGCGGGGACACGGAGGGAGCACUUAGAAGCCAUGAAUCGGCGGUGAAGUCGCUCCUCGGCGGACAGAGUCGGUGUGGCCACAAGCGGGAGCCCGGGCCCUCGGCUAGCUAGCUAGUUAGCCGUUAGCCGCUAACUAGCUGAUGACUUCAUCAACUGGUAACUGGCGCGUUGGGAACGAUAAACGGCAAAGAGGUUCUCCGUCCUCACCUCGCCGCUGGAACAUUUGAAUGCGGGGGCGUGAAAGGCCUUAAAAAGCUCUGACCAUGGCGGUAUCAAGACUUGAUCGUUUGUUUAUCCUGCUUGACACUGGAACAACACCAGUAACCAGGAAAGCAGCAGCCCAGCAGCUUGGAGAAGUGGUCAAACUCCACCCACAUGAACUUAAUACCCUCCUAUCAAAGGUCUUGACCUACCUAAGGAGUCCCAACUGGGAUACUCGAAUAGCAGCAGGACAAGCUGUUGAGGCCAUUGUGAAGAAUAUUCCUGAGUGGGACCCGGCCCCCAAACCUAAAGAAGAGUCUUGUGAAGACUUAUCUCCAGAGGACACCUCUUGUGACCGGUUGAGCUUCUACCACUUCGACAUCUCCCGCCUCCUCAAACAUGGGGCCUCUCUGCUGGGAUCUGCUGGGGCUGAGUUUGAGCUGCAAGAUGACAAAGCUGGAGAGAUGGACCCUAAAGAACGACUCGCUCGCCAGAGGAGGCUUCUUCAGAAGAAGUUGGGUCUAGACAUUGGUGCUGCUAUUGGAAUGGACACAGAGGAGCUGUUCAAUGAUGAGGACCUUGACGAUACCUGUCAACAAAGUGAACUCAAAGCCCAUGGAAGCAAAGCUACAGCUGGAUCCAGCUCCUGCAACCAUCUACCACCCGCUACUGCUGCUGAGUUGAUCGACUCGGAGUUCCGACCAGGCAUGAGCAGUCGUCAGAAGAAUAAGGCGAAGAGGAUGGCUAAACUAGUGGCUAAACAACGAUCCAGAGACAUGGAUCCAAAUGAAAAGAGUAAUGACAGUUUUGAAGGUGAACCUGAAGAGAAAAGAAGGAAAACCACAAAUGUAGUUGGUGAUCAACCAGCAACGGAGCAUAAAGUCUCAAUCGACAAUGUUUCAGAUAACUCCAGCCUUUUAGACGAGUGGCCUCUGGAGAGCUUCUGUGAGGAACUCUGCAAUGACGUCUUCAAUCCUUCAUGGGAGAUUCGUCAUGGUGCAGGAACGGGUCUUCGAGAAAUCCUAAAAUCCCAGGGUGCAGGAGGUGGGAAGUUGGUGGGAAGCACUGUUGAACAGAUGUUGCGGCAGCAUCAGGAAUGGAUAGAGGACCUCGUGAUCCGGCUGCUCUGUGUCUUCGCUCUAGACCGCUUUGGGGAUUUUGUAUCAGAUGAGGUGGUGGCUCCUGUCAGGGAGACGUGUGCCCAGGCGCUUGGUGUGGCCCUUCGCCACAUGAAUGAAACUGGCGUUUCCAUGACAGUGGACGUCCUGCUUAAGCUUCUGCAAGAAGACCAGUGGGAGGUCCGACAUGGAGGUCUGCUGGGAAUCAAGUAUGCCCUGGCUGUCCGACAGGACUUGAUCUCUGUGUUACUGCCCCGGGUGCUCCCUGCCAUCACUGUAGGCCUUCAGGACCUAGAUGAUGAUGUCAGAGCUGUGGCUGCUUCAGCCCUCAUCCCUGUGGUAGACGGCUUGGUACAACUACUGCCCAAUAAGGUCCCCAAUAUAGUGAACACACUCUGGGAUGCUCUUUUAGACCUGGACGACCUCACUGCUUCCACCAACAGCAUCAUGACGUUGCUAUCCUCAUUACUCACGUAUCCACAGGUCCGGCAGAGCAGCAUGCAGCAGUCAUUAACGGUCCUGGUUCCUCGGGUUUGGCCGUUUUUGAGACACACAAUAUCAUCAGUAAGACGUGCAGCGCUGGAAACUCUUUUCACUCUACUGUCUAAAGCUGACCAGAGCUGUGCCAUUUGGAUCAACCCCAUCCUACAAGAUAUGCUCCGGCACAUCUUCCAGUCGUGUAUACUGGAAAGCAACGAGGAAAUCCUUGAACUGAUCCAAAAGGUGUGGAUGGAGCUGCUCUCUCAGGCCCCUCAGCAGUACGUGGUUGCAGCCAGCUGUCCGUGGAUGGGAGCCUGGCUCUGCCUCAUGAUGCAGGCCUCACACAUGCCCAUAGAUGAAAACAUGCUUCUGGAAGUGAAAGCUCGCUCCAAGCUGGAUAAGGCUGGUUCAAAGGCCCGUCAGGGGACCAUUCAGGUGAAGGAGACUGUCCAGGAGUACUUAGCAGGCGCAGAGACAGUGACAGAUGACCCAGUGACCAGGGACUAUGUGGUGAUACGAGCUCGUCUCAUGUCUGCCAAAUUGCUGGGGGCCUUGUGUAGGUGUAUCUGUGACCCUCAGCUCAACGCUGCAUCUCAGGAGAUCCGACCAGCUGAGUCUUUAGGCCAGCUGUUGCUCUUCCAUCUCAACUCCAAGUCUGCACUGCAGCGCAUAGCUGUGGCUCUGGUGCUCUGCGAGUGGUCUACACUGCAGAAGGAUUGUCAGGUGGUGUCAUCCAUGGUGCAGCCUCGUCUUCUCGCCAUUCUGUCUGAGCAGUUGUACUACGACGAAAUUGCCAUCCCCUUCACGCGUAUGCAGAAUGAGUGCAAGCAGCUCAUUGCAUUAUUCGCUGAAUCCAACAUCGACCUUGAAGACCGCCUCAAUUGUAGUGUUUUCACCAUUGACCAAGCCAAUGAACUGGUAACCACCAUCUUUACAGAGUCAACAGCAGGUCUGAAUGUGCAGUCCAAACAGUGGCAGGCGCUGGACGGUAAACGUCAACAGGCUCAGGCAACGGUGACGGAGACCAGCACAGAAUGGCAGCAGCUGCAUCUGCGCGUCCACAUGUUCACGGCCUGCGCAGUGAUUAACCUGCAAGUGCUUCCUGACAAGCUGAAUCCUCUGGUCAGGCCUUUAAUGGAGGCCAUCAAGCGAGAGGAGAACACCCUGAUUCAGGGUUACACUGCUUCUUUCAUAGCCAAGCUGUUGCAGCAGUGCGCUGGACGCUCACCGUGCCCCAACCCCAAGAUCAUCAAAAACCUCUGUGCGUCAGCCUGCGUGGACUCUGCAGUCACUCCCUCAUCUGCCUGCCCUGUCCCCCCCACACAGGACAAUGCCAAAGUCAGUGGUUUGGAGAAAGACUGCAUGCAUCAUAUGGUCAACAAGACCCGUGGCAUCAUCACUCUGUACCGUCACCAAAGAGCAGCAUUUGCCAUCACUAGUAAGAGAGGACCAGCCCCUAAAGCCCCAAAGGCCCCCUCCACAGAGCUUCCUCCUGGCAGCACCAUCAGUACUGAUAAUGAUGAGAGCAGGAAGCCAUUUCUCAUCCAGAGAAGAGGGGCCGAGUUCUCCCUAACAACUGUUGCCAAGCACUUCAGUGCAGACCUCACCAAGUCUCUUCCGUACCUCUGGGACAACACAGUGGGGCCACUGAGGACAGUGGUGACUGAAGAUCAAUGCAUUGAUAGGCAGGUCCAGCUGGAGAGGGGAGACGCUGCAGCCCAGGAACUGGUCAACUCUCUGCAGGUUCUGGAGGUCAUCGCUGGGGCCAUGGCGUCUGAACUGAAACCUUUGCUGCUGCAGCACCUACCAGAUCUGUUCACCUGCCUGCAGCAUCCGUAUACAGCUGUGCGUCACAUGGCCGCACGCUGUGUGGGCGUGCUUAGUAAGCUGGCAAUGUUGGAGACCAUGAACAGUUUCCUCGAGUGUGUACUGCCCUGGUUAGCUGCUAUCGACGACUGUACCAAACAGGAGGGAGCCAUCGAGGCUCUAGCCUGUGUCAUGGAGCAGCUGGAUGUGGACAUUGUACCUUACAUUGUGCUGCUGGUUGUUCCAGUUCUGGGCCGAAUGAGCGACCCCAGUGAUAGUAUUCGUUUUAUGGCCACCCAGUGCUUUGCCACACUCAUCCGACUACUGCCACUGGAGGCAGGUAUACCAGACCCUCCAGCCAUGUCUGCUGACCUCAUCCGCCAGAAAGCCAGAGAACGCCACUUCCUCGAGCAACUGUUAGAUGGCAGAAAGUUGGAGAACUAUAAGAUCCCUGUGCCCAUUAAGGCUGAGCUCAGGAAGUACCAGCAGGACGGAGUGAACUGGCUGUCCUUCCUUAACAAGUACAAGCUGCACGGGAUCCUGUGUGAUGACAUGGGGCUCGGAAAAACGCUGCAGUCCAUUUGCAUUCUGGCAGGAGAUCACUACCUCAGGGCUCAGGAAUAUGCCAAGACUACAGCUGCAGACUGCAGCCCCAUGCCCUCCCUGGUGGUUUGUCCUCCCACACUGACUGGCCACUGGGUGGAUGAAGUGGGCAAGUUCUGCAGCAAAGAAUACCUCAACCCUCUGCACUACACUGGGCCUCCUACUGAACGAAUGCGGUUGCAACACCAAGUGAAGAAACACAAUCUUGUGAUUGCCUCUUACGAUGUUGUGCGAAAUGACAUCGACUUUUUUCGAAAUAUCAAGUUUAAUUACUGUAUUCUCGAUGAGGGUCAUGUCAUCAAGAAUGGGAAAACCAAACUUUCCAAAGCCAUCAAGCAGUUGGCCGCCAACUUCCGAAUCAUCUUGUCAGGAACUCCCAUUCAGAACAAUGUCUUAGAGCUCUGGUCAUUGUUCGACUUCCUCAUGCCGGGGUUCCUUGGAACAGAACGGCAGUUUGCUGCACGUUAUGGGAAACCCAUCCUGGCGAGCCGUGAUGCCAAAAGUUCCUCACGGGAACAGGAGGCAGGUGUGCUGGCGAUGGAAGCUCUACAUCGACAGGUGCUGCCCUUCCUGCUGAGGAGGAUGAAGGUGGACGUCCUCCAGGACCUUCCUCCAAAAAUCAUUCAGGACUACUAUUGCAACCUGAGUCCUUUACAGGUUCAGCUGUAUGAAGACUUUGCAAAGUCUCGAGCCAAGGCCAGUGUGGAGGACACCAUCACUGUGGCCUCUACAGAAGAGGAGGAGAAGCCCAAACUGAAGGCUACAGGCCACGUCUUCCAGGCGCUGCAGUACCUGCGGAAGCUGUGUAACCACCCCAGCUUGGUCUUGACGCCUCAGCAUCCAGAGUACAAACGCAUCAGUGAGCAGUUGGCGGAUCAGAACUCCAGCCUGCGGGACAUUCAGCACGCGCCCAAACUCUCUGCUCUCAAACAGUUGUUGUUGGACUGUGGUCUCGGCUGUGGAGGAGGAACAGAGGGGGGCACUGAAUCGGUGGUGGCCCAGCAUCGGGUGCUCAUCUUCUGUCAGCUGAAGAGCAUGCUGGACAUUGUGGAGCAGGACCUGCUGAAACCCAAACUGCCGUCAAUCACCUACCUGAGGCUGGACGGCAGCGUGCAGGCCGGCUUGCGCCACUCCAUCGUUUCCAGGUUUAAUAAUGACCCAUCCAUUGACGUGCUGCUGCUGACCACCCAUGUUGGGGGUCUUGGUCUGAAUCUGACGGGUGCUGACACUGUGGUGUUUGUGGAACACGACUGGAACCCCAUGAGGGACCUGCAGGCCAUGGACCGUGCACAUAGGAUAGGACAGAAACGGGUGGUGAACGUGUACAGGCUGAUCACCCGGGGAACUCUGGAGGAGAAGAUAAUGGGUCUGCAGAAAUUCAAGAUAAGCAUCGCCAACACCAUCAUCAGCCAGGAGAACUCCAGCUUGCAGAGCAUGGGCACCGACCAGCUCCUCAACCUCUUCACUCUCGACAAGGAUGAGAAGGGUGAGCAGGUGCCGUCGACCUCAGGGAAGACCUCCAUGAAGUCGGUGGUGGACGGCCUGGGAGAGCUAUGGGACCAGCAGCAGUACGACACGGAGUACAACCUGGACAGCUUCAUGCACUCCCUGCAGUAGCAGCCUCCGUGUGCCCACCCAGCAGGACCUGGUCCGAGCCAGAGGCGGAACCCCACUGGUGCAGUCGCCUGCCCCAAACCCACAGUUACACCUUCAAAAAGCCAUGAGGACUCACUCAUGGUAACCAUUACAGUCCAUGUCCCAAAGCAAUAACAAAACACAGCCAAAAUAAGAACUAACUCCUCAUGUUAGUGCACAUAUACGCUGUCAGUCGCAGUGUUAAAGCAGUCUCUUCCUCUGACCUCCCACAAUUCCUUCAAAGCCUUUACAAAACUAAUCUAGAGUAUCAUGACGAUGUACUGUUAACGACAAAUGUCUUCAGUGUUAGUUAACAGCGACCUUCCUCUGCUCUUCAUGUGCAUUAUACUUAUACUUUACAGUUACAGCACCAGGUGCUACGCUCACAACCCACUGCCCUCCUCUUAUGUUGCAUUGCCAGAGUACACAGUGUUAACAGCUUCAGACUCCAUUACCCAGCUGCCCCUCUGCCCCCAUCACAGAGUCUUAAAAGCACCGCUGCACCCACACGCUCCUGUCAACACCUGGAUACAAACACUAUGGUGAAAGGAAACCGAGUGAUGGCACCGAGCUCGACGGAGGAACCACACGUCAUCGGUUUCCUGGCUUUUUAGAGCCCCACUGGAGCUUGACAUGAUUCCCUUCCUCCAGGUGGCGCUAUUUUUUUCUAUGUCAGGAGAAUCCAUUCUCAUGACCUGUGGCCAUCGGAGGCUUCAGUGGACAAAUGAUGCGUGUGUUGACCAGUGUAAAAAAAAAAAAGAGAGAAAUGACGUGGGAGAGUUCUGGACUUGACGCAGCGUUGCAGAGACUGAAGCUGGUACCUGAAACUUGUCACAAGUAUUUUAAAAGAAUAAUAGACUUGUACAUAUUUCUGUAAUUGCUGCUUUUUGUUUAUGAUCGUGGAAUUGUAAUAAAUUCUACAAACCUUUGAA